AUGGAUAACGAUGCCGAAUUCAAUAAUAAAUGCGUUACUUCAGAAUCACAGAAUAUUCUAAUCAUUUUGGAAGAAGACCUAAAAAAGCAUCAUGCUCGAGCUGUUCAAUGUCUCAUUCGAAAACUCGACUGCCGUUUGAUCCCUUUUCUGGCUAUGCUUCAAUUUUGUUCAUACAUCCACCAAAUUAGUAUAGGUUAUGUCAGAAUAUUGAAUUUAAGAAUCGAUCUAAAUAUGACACAAGAAGAAGAAAAUUGGUGCAUUUCAGCAUUUUAUGUUGCCUACUUGUUAUUUGAAAUUCCAUCCAAUAUAAUAUUGCGACGUUUCGGUCCGACAAUAUAUCUAUCAAUCAGUAUGAUUAGUUGGGGAUCAAUCACUGUUGGAACGGCUUUUGUUAACAAUGCUGUAGUAUUUAUUUUUGUUCGGUUUCUUCUCGGUGCGGCUGAAGCCGGAUUCUUUCCCGGAAUGAUUAUUUAUAUAUCUUUAUGGUACCGCAAAAGAGAACAAACAAUGCGUAUUACAAUUUUCUUCUUAGCAGUAACAACAGCAGGUGCCAUUGGUGGAGCUUUGACUUAUUUUAUCAAUAAAAUGGAUGGCAUUUCUGGCCUAACUACCUGGCGGUGGAUAUUAUUAUUAGAAGGUCUUCCAAUUAUUCCUCUCGGACUCAUUACUUUGCUCUUUUUGGCAAAUAUUCCCGAAACUGUACGAUGGUUAACUCCGUGUGAGAAACAAAUACUCACAAGUAUACUGCGCGAAGAUGCUCGCGUAGCUGACGGUGAACCGGAAGCAUACAAUUGGUUAUCGUGGCGUCAAGUUCGUUAUGUUUUUACUGAUUGGAGAGUUUAUCUCUAUACCGUAAUAUCGAUUGGAAAUCUGGGUGUGAUCAGAUGUUGGACUGUAUAUUUUCCUAGUUUCGUUCAAAUGAUAACCUCCUCACCGGAGAACGAACAUUGGUUAUCGGUUCCAUCCUAUGUAGUUGCUACUCUUUGUGUUUUCAUAGUUGGCUUUUCAGCGUCCCGAAAUAACGAGCACGGCUAUCAUUUGACUGCUGCAUUAGCUAUCGGUGCAAUAGGCUUUUUACUGAUGGCAGUCGUGGAAGAGAAGUCAAAAAUUGUCAUGUAUUUCUGUAUGACUGUAGCCUGUUGUGGAACAUUCGCAAGUUUUCCAAUACUUUUAUCGUGGGUGACGAUUAAUGUGGGUGGACAUACGAAAAGAGCUCUGGCCGUGGGCUUUGUGUCCGGUUUCGGUAAAGUAGGCGGAAUACUGGCACCAUGGAUCUAUAACUUUGAAGACAAAUGUGGCGAUAAGAAUAAGUGUCAAUUUCGGCAAGGUCAUAUAAUAUGUGCAACGAUCAUGUUCACUGCAGUGCUGACUACUCUUCUGCUGCGUUUUUUGUUAAACAAAGAAAAUAACCGACGAGCAAAUCUUGGUGAAGCUGAGUGGCAGCGACAAGCAAAAGUAAAAGAACCUUGUGAUAGGCAUCCCGAUGUUCGCUACAUGUUAUGA